AAAAGCAUUUAAAUUCAAUAGUGCACAGAAAAAGAUUUCUGGCUUUACAAACAGGACCCCAGGCUUUGGUAUGAACACCAGCAGACUGUUCACCUUUGUCAAGUCUACUCCACAGAGUUCUGGUCAAAUACACUCAUUCUUAAAGAGGAACUCUCCAUCACCAGUCUUGACUAUGCAGGUGAUUCAGGAACAAAAGAAAAAGAGAAUGUUGGAGAAAGAAACACGGGAUAUUGAAAGAAUGAAGAAAGCUGCAGAAAUGAAGAAGAGGAAAAUUGAGGAAAUGAAAAGAAUCAGGGAAGAAAAAGAGCGCAAGGUUGCAGAGAUGAAAGAAAGAAAGCUUCGGGAGGAGCAAGAGAUGAAAGAGAGGCUGAACAAGAAACUGGAGGAACAGUCUGCCAUGAAUGAGAAAAUGAUGGAAGCCAAAUUAAGAGAAGAAAGAGAGAAGCAAAGACUAAGACUUAAAAAACAGUUGGAAGCCGAUGCCAGAAGAAAACAAGAAGAGGAAGAAAGAUUGCGUAAACUAGCAGAACAGGAAAAAGAACGCUUGAAGCAGCAAGAAGAAGAAAAGAAAUAUUUGGCCCAGGUUGAGGCUCAGAAAUUAGAAAUGCAGAAGUUGAUCAACAAACACAAUCAUACCUUAAAAACCAAUGUAAGCAGUAGUAGCCUAGUGACUCAAACAGCUGCCCAGGAUAAAUCUCUGAACAGCUAUGACUUGACUCCAGUGAAGGAUAAACAAGUGAAUGUUGCCAAUAAAGAUCCAGAAAGCUAUGAUAUUGAAGACAUGGGGUCUGAUGAAUCAACUGAUGAUGAUGAAGCUCCAAAGAAACAGAUUCCAAAAUGGGCCACAGGUAUAGAUUUGAAUGUAGCACUAAUCAGACAACAUGCUAACCCACCAGACCUGUUUGUCUUGUUUAGACAUUGUUGUUUAGAACCACCUGACUUGGAAAAAGUUUUUAACGGGACGAAGAAACGUAGAUACAAGGAAAGGACAAGCUCUGCGAUUUGGAAUUAGUUGGGUUUUUUUUUUUUUGUAUAUAUGACUGCCAUUGACAUUUUGUUUUUUCUGUGUAUGUUUCAGAAAUUGUUAUAACUUAAAUAUUAGUUCUGUUUUGUAAAAAAAAAAAAAAAGCAUAUGAACUGGUUUAUUUAGCAGAAAGUAUUAUUGCCCACCCAUAAAAUUGACUUAUCCAUAAAUCAUUUUAAGACAAUUUAGUUUUUGCUGACAACUUUCAAUUGGUAAGAAAACAUGAUUCCGGGAAUUUUAAGAUUUGAGAAUUGGGUAACUAGGUACUUGUCAAGAAAAGUUACAACAGGAAUUUGUGAUGCCAAACUAAUACCAUCAUAUACACUUGGUAAUGUGAAUGUAUAUAGGCUAUUACAAUUUUAUUAACUCCCCCUGUCGUAAGUUUGGCCAUGCUCAGUCGUAAAGUGACUAUGUCUCAUAUCACAGGAUGAGAUAAGAGCCUCUGCAUUUUCUUUGGUCAGAAUAUUGACGUCCUCGCGCCAGUUCCCCCCUUUCAAAGCAGCUAAUGGGACAUCAAUAAACCAAUACUGUUUAUUAUCAGCAGCCUCUUAGAAUCUUCCAGUGUGUAGUAUUGUGUGCUACAAAUUCCCUAUGGGUCACUGGCUCCUGGUUUGGAUUCAGAGUUUCUUUUGCGUAGGUGGGUGGCCAACCAAGGCUAAUGAGUCCCACCUGCCCUGUACAUCAUAGUUAAUAAUAAACAAUAAAAGGUAACUUUGCUUAUCAGUUUAUGUUUUAACUGACAAAUAAUAAUUUUAAAUACUCUUAGUUACUACAGCACCUAUUAGGAAGACUAGGAUCCUGUUAAAGGAGGUGGAAUGUAGCUUUGAGUUUAUCCUGCUCUAUCUUUCAUGUGUAAUGUAUAAGUAUAAUGUACAUAAUGAUAUAAUCUAAUCAUGUAAACAAUAUAUCUAACUAAGGAUUGAAAAUGUAAUGAUUCUCAUAGAAUACUGUAAAUACAUUGUUUUUAAAAAGCUUUUCAAGUGUGGAUGAAACAAGAAACAUUGAUGAACAGAGUUGUCUUUUUACAGGUUAUUAAUUGCAUGGAAUCAAGACUUCAAAAAACUCAAAGCCUUUUUUCUUUAUUCCAUUUAAUUCUGUUCUAAAAUGUUUUGUAACAUCUUUAUGACAUAAGUAUUGAUUAUAAUCAGGCUGGCUGCAUGGUUGUGUGGUAUGCACUCUGUACUGUUAUCUCAAUGGUCCUGGGUUCAAACCUUGCCCACUACCACCCCUGCUGUCCUGCAGGAGGAUUGGACUAGGAUGUAAUAAUCUUAGAUUCUGAAAGAACAUCCAAAAAAUAAAACAACAUAAAAAAACAAUAACACUAUGAAACAAGCAAAACAAAGACUUGUUAGGUAGGGUAAAAAUAAUGUCCAAGUCUGAACAUUGUCAAUUCAUUAGUAAAAUAGUGUCACUGAAGUGUUUUAGUUCUUAAAGAUAACCUGCUUGUUAUAAUGAUGUGAUGAUAGUUUGGCUGCUUUACAUUGAUUUAGAAUGUAUUUUAAGAUCUCAUGGUAUGUGCAAGAGUUUUAGUAGCUGUUAAUAAAAUUUGU